CCUGCUUUUCACAGCUUUAAAGCAAUCUGCAAAGCAAAAGGAGUGAGUGAGUGAAUGAUGGGUAACCAGCAGAACUUUCUUCAAGUUGUUGCCAAGAACUUUGAUGUUCUCGCUUUGCCUUUGGUCACUCUUGUUUACCCUCUGUAUGCUUCGGUUAAGGCCAUAGAGACGAGGUCCAACAACGAUGAUCAACAAUGGCUGACCUAUUGGGUCCUUUACUCUCUCAUCACACUUUUCGAACUCACAUUUGCCAAACUCCUUGAAUGGUUUCCGAUUUGGCCAUACGCGAAGCUGAUAUUCACAUGCUGGUUGGUGCUGCCUCACUUCAAUGGCGCGGCCUACGUUUAUCGUCACUUCAUAAGGCCAUUUUACAUGAACCCUAAACGCGCCACCAGUACAUUAUGGUAUGUACCUCGUAAGAAGAGUAUUUUCAGCAAGCAGGAUGACAUUCUAACUGCUGCCGAGAGGUACAUUGAAGAGCAUGGCACUCACGAAUUUGAAAGGCUUAUAACCAAGGCUGAGAAGGAAGAGAGGGUACGACGCAGCAACAAUUACAUGAUCUUUGAUGAUGAUUACAGAUAUUGAUCUCUUAAUUUAUCAACUUUCUUUUGCUGUAAGAAAUGCCAAUCAUAUGCGGAUCUUCUUCUAUUUCUUUUGUUUUGUACGAUCAGCGUUUGGAAAGCUAAUAU